GAAAAUGGCAACGAAACGAGCAUCUAAAGAGGUUAGAUGAGGAUGAUGAUUAGCGGAAUGUAUCUAACGGACCACAUAGGCAACCUUUGAAAUCAUCCUUCCAUCCAAAAGACGCAAACCCAAUGUCCAGAUUCCCACUGUCCAACUGACCAAUGGCGUCAUGCAGCCAAUGGAUAUCCCCCAACUGGGUCUCGGUACCUACCGUCUCAAGAAAGCCGCUGUCAAAGCACCAUUGAGGUUGGCCCUUGAAUGCGGGUACACCAUGCUCGAUACCGCCAGCGUCUACGACAAUGAAAAAGAAAUUGGACAAACCCUCCAAACCAACGUAUUUAUCACAACCAAACUCUGGCGAUCACAUCAAAGCGAAUGUCCAAAAACGAUUGAAAAACACCUCAAGGCAUCUAUUUCAAAACUUGGGCAUGUGGAUUUAUGGCUCUUGCAUUGGCCUGGACCUGGCUAUCAUCGAUUCAAAAAAUACCAAGUCCCAAAGGAUUGGACACCCACCACACGCAUCGCAACCUGGAACGCAAUGACCACCCUCCUCACCCAAACCCACGUACGCGCGAUCGGAGUCUCUAAUUUCAGUAUCCGCCAAUUACAACACCUCGCAACCCACACUUCCAUACGUCCAUCAGUAAACCAAAUCGAAAUGCACCCCUUUUUAAUCCAGAAAGAGUUGCGCGCUUAUUGUGCUCAACAGGAUAUACGUAUCAUGGCAUACUGUUCACUCGGGAGCGGAGAUCCAAAAUUGUUGAACCAUCCUGUUGUUGUUCGUGUUGCUAAUGAGGUGAACAAGAGUGUCUCGCAGGUGUUGCUUCGAUGGGCGGUGCAGCAUGGUGUGAUUGUUAUUCCGUGUUCAACAGUGCGGGAGCAUUUGGUGGAGAAUCGAGGGGUUUGGGGAUGGGAGCUGAGUGAGGUGCAGAUGGAGGCUUUGGAUGGGUUGGAUUGUGGAAAGAGGUAUGCGUGGAAAGGGGUGGAUCCGGAUUCUGUUCCGUAGUGGUGUGUGUCGAAUCGCCAUAAAUGUAUCCUCAAGGACAAUGAACAGUCCUUUUGCUGUGGAAGCAAGAUUAACAUGCCCAUUUCGCAGUGCUUUUGUGCGCUUUGUAAAUCACAUUACCAUCUCC